AUGAGACUGGCCGCGUAUACUGGAGCCUCGGUGGUCCUGGCCACCGGUGUAUUUCUCAAAGCUCUUCACCAGAGGGCCAAUUUCUAUUCAGCAUGCAUCUACCUUUCGCAAAGUAGCGCGAAUCUUAUGAUUCUCACGAAUUUAUGCCUUCUCGUCACGGGUUUUGUACUCUUCUGGCUUCAGCGACUUCUAUACGGACCCUUGCGAGCAAUCGAAACCGAACAACUCUACGAACGGGCAUGGUUCGCCGUUACGGAGACAUGUCUGGCCAUGACCAUAUUCCGGGGUGAACUUGGGGGCUGGUUUCUGGUCAUGUUCAUUUCGCUGCUGGUCGGCAAGGUCUGGGGCUGGAUUGGUGAAGGCCGUGUCGAAUACCUAGAACAACAACCUCCGGCUAAUCCGCGGUUGUUCCAUAUUCGACUAGCGCUGUCGCUUGUGCUGACGGUGCUAUUUGACUCCUUCAUGUUGCAGUACUGCGUACAUACUGUUAUCACUCAGGCGCGACCAGAUAUGAUGGUCAUGUUUGGAUUUGAGUUCGCGAUCUUGACUAUUCUGUCGACCUCGACCCUUCUCCGAUACGCCAUCGCAUUGACCGAGAUCUCUAUAACCCAUCAGCAAGUCAAGGCCAAGAUGGAAGAACGCCGUGCUGAGAUUCGUGCUGCCCGUAUACAGGCUAUCCAAGAACAUGCACGCGCAGGAGCUGCCUCUCCUCCUACCGACUUACCCGAUGAGAACGAUGUGGAUGAGAUGGAAAUUGACGUGCCUGGAUGGGAAGAAAAGGGUCGCUGGGUGUUUUACCUGGACCUUUUGACCGACUUGUUGAAGCUUGUGGUCUAUUUGUCCUUUUUUGGAAUUCUCCUCACUUUCUAUGGCCUGCCCAUUCAUAUCCUGCGGGAUGUUGUGGUCACCAUUCGCUCGUUCGCUCGCCGCAUUAUGGACUUCAUGCGCUACCGGAAUGCGACAAGAGAUAUGAAUGAGAGGUAUCCAGAUGCACCGGCAGAGGAGGUUUCCCGGGAGGAUGUGUGCAUCAUCUGUCGCGAGGAAAUGCACCCAGUUCAGCCGGCAGCUGCUGCCGGCGCAGAGCCUGGGCAGCCAGCACCUGCAACGCGUCGUGUUCCUGACCGUCUUCGUCCCAAAAAGCUUCCAUGUGGGCACAUCUUGCACUUUGCAUGCCUCAGAAGCUGGCUUGAGAGACAACAAAACUGCCCGACUUGCCGGCGCCCUGUCCUCUUGCCCACACGAACCCAAGGAGCUGCUGGAAACAACGCUGCGGCUCAGCAAAAUGGUCAGCUCGGUCAACCCGGCGUAAAUGGACAGCCUCGUGCGCGAGUCUAUCAGUUUGGACCCUUCCGAAUUGGCUUCGGGGCUGUGCGCGGAGAUAUUUUCCACAAUCUUCACCGACAGAUUCACCAGGACAAUCCAGCAGGGCAGCCAGCAGUAAACCCAAUCCCCAAUGCUCCAGGCCGACAGAUUGGGCUUGGAUUCGGGUUCGGCCGCCGUCCGCAAGCCCCCAUCCCCACUCCUGCCCCACAGGCCCCAGGGGUACAUGCAUCCUCCGCUGUUGAUCUCAAUCUUCAGCUUAUGCAGAUUGAACAGCGGAUCACCGCUGAAAUCAAUUCCCUUCGUGUUGCCACAGAGCAAUUGAACCGCGUGCGUCAGCUCCAGGUGGAACUAGAGCAAUUGCGCAUGAACGGAAACUCUCUUGCCAACAGCCCUCCAAAUUCUAUUCAGCUUCCGCCGGGUUACACGAGCCACCGUUUUGAUACAAGCCCAGAAGCUUCUAUGCAAGCCGGAGACCCUCGUCUACCAGAAGGGCUCACACUUCCUCCGGGCUGGACUCUCAUGCCUCUGCAACCUACGCGGCCUGGCGUCGGUGUACCACAGACAGUGCAGCCUAUGGCUACCACGGUAAAUGCCUCGGCAGCGGCUUCAUCUAGUGUUGGUAACCCCCAGGAGGCUGCCUCCUUUGGUUCUGCUCAGUCUCAGCUUGAUGGAGGAGCAGAAGCAUCAGGCACGGCUACUGAAGCACCCGCAAUCACAAACGGGAAUGGUAGUCUGCAGCCCACACCCACUUUUCUUUCCACCGAACCCCGGGCAGACUCUCCCUCUCAGGAAUGGACUGAUGUCGCGCCCACAGAGUCCACAGAGUCUCCCAAGGAAGGUCCAGCAAGCAUUCCAACUACCUGGGGUAGCAACAGUAUGACCGCAACUGCAACUGCGCAUGAGGCUACUGAUACCGAGGACUCCGAGUCCAAGGGCAAAGCUCGCGCAGCAACAGUCGAAGAGACCGAUGAAGUAUCCUGA